CAGCAGGAGAAAGGAAAUACAACAUAAUUACUGAGUAAAAGAAAGUGAAAUACCGUGAGCCCACUCAGAUUUCCAGAAAGUGUGGCAGCAUUUAAGGAUCAGCCGUAAAAUGUAAGCACAAACUCUUAGGAGAAGUGAUGAACGGCAGACAAAAACACCGUUAAACACAUCCUUACAGUCAGACAUGUAUACCUGUCUCCUCGGCGUCAUCAGCUUCGUCUAUGUCUUCCAUGCUGGUCUCUGUGCUGAAGAAUGCCAGCUUAGUAUUUUGGCAAAACGUGAGAUGUAUUAUGUGCCAGAAGGGGGCAUCUUGUCAUUGUCCUGUGUAGUUCAUCACUGUGGAAACAACUGGACCGGUGCCUGGAUGUGGGAAAAUUCAACAUAUGAUUUUAGGAAGCCUGUGAAGGAAAGCGAGAGACACCAUUUGACCAACAAGACAAUUUCAGCCAGUCAGACAAAGCUAUUCUUAAACAUCCAGAGUGUCAACCAGUCGGAUGAAGGUUCCUAUGGAUGCAUGGUUGUUUGGGAUACAGGUGUAAGUGAAAAUGGACAUCGCACGCACGUGAACAUUACCGCAGCUCUCAUCACAGGUCCCUCUCCAAGGAAACUCCUGCACAGGGUUUUGAUCUGUGCUUGUGCAUUACUCUGCCUUCCCAUCAUCCUGGAAUUGGCUCGCUGUCUGAGCUCAGAGGUCAAACCACAGCCACUUCCCAGGGCACAGGUCAUAUAUGAAGUUCCAUACCCAGCCCAACAAACCAUCUCGGCUCCACAACCUCCACCUCGAUGCCCGGUACCACAGAAAUGCAAAACAUCCCCUCCCAAAGUUCCACCUAAAGUCAAGAGGAAGCCAGAAGUGAUGUAUGCAGUGAUUUCACAAGGUGCACUGAAGCAGCAGGGAGCCACGAGACAACCUGCCCAUUCUGCAACUGUCUACUCAUCCCUCAAAUUUGACAACCACUAAUGGAGUUACGCAUUAUUUUUAUGAAUUAAAUCAUAAAGUUAUAUCAUUUUAUAUAUACAUCUUUACAAAACACUGAAUGUGGUAGCUGCCACUAUUUGUGUUUUUUGUUUUUGUUUUUUGCAAACUGCAUCUUUGAUACAACCUUGAUACUCUGUAUUUUGUGAAGUCUUUAAAGUGACAGUUUACCACAGAAUCAAACACAAGUUUUUCCCUCUGGCCCAUAUUUGCUAUUUUUCCAUCUAGAUUUUUUUUGUGGGGGGAGGGUGUG